CAAUAAACUCAAAAUAUGAUGAUGAUUUCUAGCAAAACAUUCUCUUCGCUUCAGUUUUUCACUAUUUUGUACCUCUUUACAGUUACUUUUGCUUCCACUGAUGAAGCAACUGCCCUCUUGAAAUGGAAAGCAACUUUCAAGAACCAGAAUAAUUCCUUAUUGGCUUCAUGGACGCCAAGUUUUAAUGCAUGCACGGACUGGUAUGGAGUUAUAUGCUUUAAUGGGAGGGUAAACACGUUGAAUAUUACAAAUUCUAUUGUAAUUGGUACACUCUAUGCUUUUCCGUUUUCAUCCCUCCCUUUUCUUGAAAAUCUUGAUCUUAGCAUGAACAAUUUCUCGGGAACCAUUCCACCUGAGAUUGGUAAUCUCACUAAUCUCAUCUUUCUUAACUUGAACAUCAAUCAGUUUUCAGGAACAAUCCCACAGCAAAUCGGUUCACUAGCCAAGCUUCAGACCCUCCGUAUAUUUGACAACCAUUUAAAUGGCUCUAUUCCUGAAGAAAUAAGUUACCUAAGGUCUCUUACUAAGCUAUCUUUGGGUAGGAACUUUCUUACUGGUUCUAUUCCUGCUUCAUUGGGGAAUUUGAACAACUUGUCUUUUUUGCUUCUUUAUGAAAAUCAGCUUUCUGGCUCUAUUCCUGAAGAAAUAGGUUACCUAAGGUCUCUUACUAAGCUAUCUUUGGGUAGGAACUUUCUUACUGGUUCUAUUCCUGCUUCAUUGGGGAAUUUGAACAACUUGUCUUUUUUGCUUCUUUAUGAAAAUCAGCUUUCUGGCUCUAUUCCUGAAGAAAUAGGUUACCUAAUGUCUCUUACUAUGCUAUCUUUGGAUAGGAACUUUCUUACUGGUUCUAUUCCUGCUUCAUUGGGGAAUUUGAGCAACUUGUCUGUUUUGUAUCUUUUUGAUAAUCACUUUUCUGGCUCUAUUCCUGCUUCAUUGGGGAAUUUGAGCAACUUGUCUGAUUUGGUUCUUAAUAAUAAUCUGCUUUCUGGCUCUAUUCCUCUAGAGAUAGGUUAUCUAAGUUCUCUUACUUAUCUAUCUUUGGGUAAUAACUCUCUUAAUGGCUCUAUUCCUGCUUCAUUGGGGAAUUUGAGCAACUUGUCUGAUUUGGUUCUUAAUAAUAAUCUGCUUUCUGGCUCUAUUCCUCUAGAGAUAGGUUACCUAAGUUCUCUUACUCUCCUAGAAUUGAGUAGUAACUCUCUUAAUGGCUCUAUUCCUGCUUCAUUGGGGAAUUUGAGCAACUUGUCUUUUUUGUAUCUUUUUGAUAAUCACUUUUCUGGCUCUAUUCCUCUAGAGAUAGGUUACCUAAGUUCUCUUACUUAUCUAUCUUUGGGUAAUAACUCUCUUAAUGGAUCUAUUCCUGCUUCAUUUGGCAAUUUGAGAAAUCUGGAAAAUAUGAUUCUCAAUGAUAACAAUCUCAUUGGGGAAAUUCCUUCAUUUGUGUGCAAUUUGACAUCACUGGAAGUGUUGUCUAUGCCGAGAAACAAUUUGAGGGGAAAAGUUCCACAAUGUUUGGGUAAUAUCAGCAGCCUCCAGAUUUUGAUGAUGUCACAUAAUAAUCUCAGCGGAGAGAUCCCUUCAUCUAUUUCCAAUUUAACAUCACUACAAAUUCUAGAUUUGGGCAGAAACAAUCUGGAGGGAGCAAUUCCACAAUGUUUUGGCAAUAUUAGUAGCCUCCAGGUUUUUGAUAUGCAGAAUAACAAACUUACAGGGACUCUUCCAACAAAUUUUAGCAUUGGAAGUUCACUUAUAAGUCUCAACUUGCAUGGCAAUGAACUAGAGGGUGAAAUCCCUCGAUCUUUGGCCAAUUGCAAAAAGCUGCAAGUUCUUGACCUAGGAGAUAAUCAUCUCAAUGACACAUUCCCCAUGUGGUUGGGAACUUUGCCAGAGCUGAGAGUUUUAAGAUUGACAUCGAAUAAAUUGCAUGGACCCAUAAGAUCUUCAGGUGCUAAAAUCAUGUUUCCUGAUCUUCGAAUCAUAGAUCUCUCUAACAAUGCCUUCUCGAAAGACUUACCAACAAGUCUGUUUCAACAUUUGAAAGGCAUGAUGACUAUUGAUCAAACAAUAAAGUUACCAAAUUAUAAAGGAGGUGGAUUCUACUACCAAGACUCGGUGGUUGUUGUAACAAAGGGAUUGAAGCUUGAAGUAGUGAAAAUUUUGUCUUUGUACACAGUUAUUGAUCUUUCAAACAAUAAAUUUGAAGGACGUAUUCCUAGUGUUCUAGGAGAUCUCAUAGCUCUUCGGGUAUUGAAUAUGUCUCAUAAUGGAUUGAAAGGUCAUAUACCACUAUCACUUGGAAAUUUAUCUGUAGUGGAGUCCUUAGACCUUUCGUUUAACCAGCUUUUGGGAGAGAUACCACAACAACUUGCUUCUCUUACGUCUCUUGAAUUCUUAAAUCUCUCCCACAAUUAUCUCCAAGGAUGCAUCCCUCAAGGACCCCAAUUUCGUACCUUUGAGAACAGUUCAUUUGCUGGUAAUGAUGGAUUACGUGGAUUCCCCGUUUCAAAAGGUUGUGGCAAUGAUCCUGUGUCAGAGACAAACUAUACAGUGUCUGCGCUAGAAGAUCAAGAAAGAAAUUCUGAAUUUUUCAAUGAUUUUUGGAAAGCAGCUCUGAUGGGCUAUGGCAGUGGACUAUGCAUUGGCUUAUCCAUAAUAUAUUUCUUGAUCUCAACUGGAAAUCUAAGAUGGCUUGCAAGAAUCAUUGAAGAACUGGAACACAAAAUUAUCAUACGAAGGAGAAAGAAGCAGCGAGGUCAAGGGAAUUACAGAGGAAGAAAUAAUCGCUUCUAGACAAGUUACCAAUAAAGAAGGAUUUGAUUUCAGAACUUCAGGUAUUCAAGCUAAGCUCUACACUAAUCUUUUUUAGUUUAUUC